AUGUCCGGCGUCCUGUACUCGCUCGAGCACUCACCCAUUGCCAAGGCAGUGGCCGGCCUCGUCAACCUGAGCCUCAACCCCAUCGUCUCGGGCGCCCUGCUGGCCUUUCUCCUCCGCGCCCCCGAUCAUGUGCUGGCGCAGACGCUGCAGCGCGCCUCGCUGCCGCCCGACUACGACCUGAGCGCGGCCAAGACGGUGCUCAAGUUCCUUUUCGGCGUGGGGCUCACCCGGACCAUCAACCGCCGGCUCAGCGACAUGGCCGCAAACGCGUGGCGCUGGGGCCCGGCACCGGGCUGGAACUGGCCCAAGGAGAUUGCCGUCGUAACGGGCGGCUGCAGCGGCAUCGGCCUGGCCAUUGUGCAAAAGCUGCGCGCCAAGGGGAUUCGUGUCGCCGUGCUGGACAUUCAGCCGCUGCCCAAGGAGCUCAGCCGCGACUCGGCCGGCAUCAAGUAUUACAAGUGCGACGUCACCUCGUCGGCCUCUGUGGCUGACGUUGCCGCCGAGAUUCGCCGCGAUUUCGGCGACCCGACCAUCCUCAUCAACAACGCCGGCAUCGCUGUGCCGACCAACAUUCUCGACAUUUCUGAAAAGGCCCUGCAAAAGAUCUUUUCCAUCAACACCAUGUGCCACUGGAUUACCUGCCAGCAGUUUCUGCCAUCCAUGAUCAAGGCCGACAAGGGCCACGUUGUGACUGUGGCAUCGGUCGCCUCCUUUGUCAGUCUGCCGGGCCAUGCCGAUUAUGGCGCGACAAAGGCGUCCGCUCUCGCCUUUCACGAGGCCCUGCGCACCGAGCUGCGCCACGCCUACAAGGCCCCCAAUGUGCUCGCCACGGUGGUGCACCCCAAUUUCGUCGCCACGCCCCUGCUCACUGAUUUCGAGAACCACCUCAAGGACGGCGGCGUCCGCAUGCUCACGCCUGAGCAGGUGGCCGACGAGACCACCGAACGCAUCUUUGCUCGCAAGGGCGGCCAAGUCGUUAUUCCCAAGUCGUCGGCGGGCGCCUCGGCCCUACGCGGCUGGCCUACCUGGAUCCAGGUCCUUAUCCACGAUGCACUUGGCGCCCAGACUGCAAAGAUGAAUGCUGCCAAAAAAGCAUCCAACUAG